AUGAACAACGACAUACCUCUACAUUUCAUCUACUGCGACAGAGACGGGAACUUGAGGCUUGUUGGGCGAAGGGAAGUGAAAGAGCACUUUCAACCAUGCGUUGACCAGCUUGCCCUUGACGAAGAAGAAUACGAGCGUCUAGGAGUCGAAGAUAGAUCAGAUUUUGUUGCAAAGGUCGUCAAAGAGACUGUCAAGUACGCUGUGCUGUCCCACAGAUGGUCAUCAGAAGAAGUCACGUUCCAGGACCUGGCUCCUUGUGAGCCCGCUAGAACCACAGGAUGGAACAUGUUGUGCAACGAGGCACUGCAUCAAGGCAUACCCUUUUCUUGGAUCGACACGUGUUGUAUCGACAAGACGAGUAGCGCCGAGCUAGAUGAGUCUAUUCGCUCCAUGUUCCGGUGGUACCGAAAUUCGAGCGUCUGCAUCAUCCAUCUCGCCCAGACGAGCUCUGUGAUGGAUAUGGAAAAGGAUGAAUGGUUCAGGAGAGGCUGGACGCUGCAGGAGCUGCUCGCUCCACGGAAGAUCCAAUUCUUCGACGCGGAUUGGACGCGGCUCGGGUCGACCAUGGGAAAUGAUAAGGACGAAGGCUCCGAAACCUUGCGAGUUGCUUCUAGCGUCACAGGAAUCUCGGUUCCAGAGCUAUGCGACUUCCAUCCCUUUCCAUCGAUGGUCGACAAACGCAUGCCGUGGGCGGCAAACCGGGACGUCACCAGAGGAGAAGAUACGGCGUAUUCGCUCAUGGGGAUAUACGAUGUGUCUAUACCGACUGCCUACGGAGAAGGCGCAGACCGUGCGUUCUGCCGUCUAAUCGAGGCUAUCAUGAUGGCAGGGGGAGACCCCUCAGUUCUCAACUGGAGCGGGUCUCCGGCAGCGCAUCACGCCACACAAUGUUUCCCCGCGUCUCCGCGGAGCUACUUGAAUCAUUCGACAUGGCGCUUACAAGCAAAGGGCUCCGCCUUCCACUCGUCAUAUUGCCUUUGA